GUGCUCUUCGACGUGGACGGCACCCUCGCGGUGCCAGCGCAGAAAGCGAGCGAUGAGAUGAUCGCGCUGCUAGGGCGGUUGCGCCAGGUCUACGCGGUGGGCAUCGUGGGCGCUGGGGACUUCCAAAAGCAGCAGGGCCAGCUCGGAGGUUUCGAUUUGCGCGAGAGGCUCGACUUCUGCUUCAGUGAGAACGGGGUCCACGCGUUUAGGGGCACCGAGCAAAUCCACUGCAAGAGCUUCGCGGACCACCUCGGCGAGAAGAGGUGGCAGAAGUUCCGGGAGGAGCUCGACAAGCUGCUGGCGUCCGAGCGGGCGGAGGCGGAGCGCCUGCUGAAGGUUGCGAGCCCCGAGGCCUCGCUGGACGGCCGUGGCACGUUCUUGGAGAUCCGGCAGUGCACCAUCAACAUCUGCCCCAUCCAGCAGACCCCUAAACAGCAUAUGAGGCGUUCAGACAGGGCGCGCGCGGAUGUCUUGGGUCGGUGCUGGCACGCCUCGUCCACGCCUCGAAUUCCAGUUUCUGAACAAUCGUGUGCUACGACAUCUGCGUUUCGGCGCUCCGGCGCCCCCGCCGAGCUCUUAGAUGGCCGCCCCCCCCCCCCCCCGGAGCGAACAUCGGCGCUUUGCCUUGUCCCAGCACCUGGAGCGCGCCGCGGGCGUUGCCGCGGGCGUUGCCGCGGGCGCCGUCAGGGGUGCGGGAAUGGGAGUUUUUCGCCGACCUAA